AAAUAAAACCCUCUUUCGGGCUUCAUUCUGCAUUCAUCUCCCAAGUUUACUCAUUUAUGUCUACUUCUCAUUCUUCACAAGUUCCUUCAAUUCGAUCCCCUUCUCUUUUCUUCUCUCUUCUCUCCCUCUAUUCUCGUUGUGCGAUCAAGUUCAUAUGUCAUGUUCCUUCUCAUUCCAAUCAUUAAGUUCUAAACGUUUUCGGGUAAAGGCUUAGCCAUAUUAUAUAUUCAAUCUUGCGUGUGUGGCGAUAAUGACGACAUAUCCCCCAUUAUUUUGUCAAACGUAAACGGAAUUUGAAGACCCAUUGUUCGCUUUCCCAUUCUCCAACCAUCGCAAACCCACCACCGCCCCAAAGUUGAAUCCUUUUUGUACCCGCUCCGUCAACUGGCGCUUCAUCGGAUACCCCGAAUUUUGUUCCGGUUCUCCGUUAUGGAUAUUAUGCGAGGAGAUGGGAUUUUCCCGGAUGAGGUGGUCAUUCAGAUUCUGGCAAGGUUGCCUGUGAAGUCCCUUUUCAGGUUCAAAACCGUGUGCAAACUGUGGAAUAGGUUGUCAUUGGAUAAGUAUUUUGUUCAACUCUACAAUGAGGUUUCUAGGAAGAACCCCAUGAUUCUGGUCGAGGUUUCUGAUUCGUACGGGUCCAAAUCUAGCUUAAUAUGUGUUGAUAAUUUAAGAGGUGUGUCUGAAUUUUCACUGAGUUUCUUGAAUGAUAGAGUUAAGGUUCGAGCAUCUUGUAAUGGCUUGCUGUGUUGCUCUAGUAUUCCUGAUAAGGGUGUCUUCUAUGUCUGCAAUCCGGUCACUCGCGAGUACCGGUUGCUUCCCAAGAGUAGGGAAAGGCCUGUGACUCGGUUUUAUCCGGAUGGAGAGGCUACCUUGGUUGGCUUGGCUUGUGAUGCUUCUUUUCAGAAGUUCAAUGUUGUUCUAGCGGGUUACCAUCGCACUUUUGGUCAUAGACCAGAUGGGAGUUUUAUAUGUUUGGUGUUUGAUUCUGAGUUGAACAAGUGGAGGAAGUUUGUCUCAUUACAAGAUGACCAUUUCACUCACAUGAACAAGAACCAGGUUGUUUUUGUCAAUAAUGCUCUGCACUGGUUGACAGUUAGCUCUACUUAUAUACUUGUGCUUGAUUUAAGUUGUGACGUUUGGAGGAAGAUGGAGCUACCGUAUGACUUGAUUUAUGGAAAUGGUUAUAGGAUUUAUCUCUUAGACUUUGAUGGGUGCUUGUCUGUUAUUAAAAUUUCCGAAGCAUGGAUGAAUAUAUGGGUGCUUAAAGAUUACUGGAAGGAUGAAUGGUGUAUGGUGGAUAAGGUGAGUCUGAGGUGUAUCAGAGGAAUGGUGCCAGGCAUUUUCCCGAUCAGUCAGACAGGUGAAUAUGUUUUUUUGGCGACUCAUAAGCAGAUUUUGGUGUAUCAUUGCAAGAGUCAAGUUUGGAAAGAAAUGUACUCUGUCAAGUAUAGCUCAACACUUCCAUUAUGGUUUUCUGCUCAUGCAUAUCGCAGCACUAUGUUCUCAUGCAACUGAGUUAUGGUGAUUUCACCAAAUAACUUUUGUACAUAAAUUUUUAGUUACAAGUGUUUUAUAUUCAUUUAAGCCUUUGUUAUUUGCUUUAGAUAUCAUUUGUUUCUGGUAGGUUAUGUUAAAAUUGUGGUGUUGGGUUUUCCAUGGAUGCUCCAUUAUAUUGUUUCAGUGCUGUCUCUUGUAUGUGAGGUGUGGCUUCAAUAAAUAGCCUUUGUACAUA